GCGUGGUGCACACCGCUGCUGCGCUGAGCCACAUGAAGCCUGCAGGGGAACCAAGAUCAGAGAGCAACAAAGGCGCUGCGCCUAAGGAGGGCGCCUUCGCCUGAAGCCGCUGACUUCCAAAGGGACACCAAUCCUUGUUCGUGGACUAAAAAAAACGCUUCUUCCGAAUAUCCAGAAUGGUGUUCCAGAAGUUGAUCUGGAUAGGCUUCCUCUGCCACCUGUGUCGAGGCUACUUUGAUGGCCCCCUGUACCCAGAAAUGUCUAACGGGACUCUGCAUCAUUACUUCGUGCCUGAUGGAGACUAUGAGGAGAAUGAUGACCCGGAGAAGUGUCAGCUGCUCUUCAGGGUGAGUGAUCGCCGGCGUUGCUCCCAGGGGGAUGGGGGCCAAGCCAGUAGCUUGCUUAGCCUCACCCUUCGAGAGGAGUUCACGGUACUGGGCCGCCAGGUGGAGGAUGCUGGGCGCGUCCUGGAGGGCAUCAGCAAAAGCAUCUCCUACGACCUGGAUGGGGAAGAGAGCUACGGCAAGUACCUGAGGCGGGAAUCCCACCAGAUCGGGGAUGCCUACUCCAACUCUGACAAGUCCCUCACUGAGCUGGAAAGCAAGUUCAAGCAAGGCCAGGAACAGGAUAGCCGGCAGGAAAGCAGGCUCAAUGAGGACUUCCUGGGGAUGCUGGUCCACACCAGGUCCUUGCUGAAGGAAACGCUGGACAUCUCUGUGGGGCUCAGAGACAAAUAUGAACUGCUGGCACUCACCAUCAGGAGCCACGGGACCAGGCUAGGUCGACUGAAAAGCGACUAUCUGGAGGGUGGGGGACAGAGGACAGGCUAAAAUUUCCAUUGUAACUGCUUUAUUUUAUACAGAUUUGCACUUUCAGAACACAUCUGAAGUCAUCUUUUACAAGGAAAGAAAACUUUUAAAGGUUGAGUUAUUCUGAUUUUGAUUUAGUUUUGUGCAUUAUUUAUGUUAUUAUUAAGGCUUUUCACCUGUAAAAAAAGUAAUUUUGAAGUAAUC